AUGAAUUACCACGAAGAAAUGAAUGUGGCAAAAUUUGAAGAUUGGUUUUCUAAAGUUAUUAGUAUAAUAGAAGAAAAUUCAGUGGUCGUUAUGGACAACGCUCCAUACCACAGUCGUAAAAUAGAUAAAAUUUCGACCAGCAAGUGGAAAAAAGCUGACAUCCAACAAUGGUUACGGGCAAGAGGGAUAACGUUCGCAGACGAUAUAAUAAAAAUCGAAUUACUACAUAUUAUGAAACAACAACAAGUACCAGACAAUUAUGCAGUAGAUGAAAUAGUCAAAAGAAAAAAUGUAACAAUUUUAAGACUUCUACCGUAUCACUGCGAAUUAAAUCCCAUACAGAUGAUAUGGACUCAGGUGACAAAUUAUGUUGCAACGAGAAAUACAACUUUUAAAUUUAACGAUAUGACACGUUUCUUUACCGAGGCAGUAAAUAAUGUUAUUGCAGACAAUUGGAAAACGUGUAUCGAUCAUGUAGUAAUUAAUUUCGAAGAUAAAUUUUUGCAAUUAGAUGGUAUAAUUGAAUCAGUAAUAGAACCAUUUAUUACAAAUUUAAAUGAUUCAGACGAUACUAGUUCAUCAGCAAAUACCAGUUCUGAAUAA